GUUGAGUGUGUUAUAAAACACCUUGCCAUUGUUUGCACUGCGCCCCAUAUUGCCCCUCCAGACAGUGCAGCAACGGGAUUGAAUUGUCCUUGUUAAAAAAAUAAUAAUUUUUAAAAAGCAUCAACAUAUUGCAUGUUGUGAGCUUGCUUGCUACGUUCAUGCGUGGACGAACUGGUUAGUAAGAUAGCUAUACUGAAACGUCAGUAUCAUGUCUACUGAGAAACAAAACAGUCCCGUGGAAAAUUUGCAGGGCUCCUGGGUUGAGCUGCACUUCCAAAGCAACAGUAGCAACAGCAGUGGCAAUGGCAAUGGCAGUGGCAGUGUUGGCCACCACGGAGGGGAAGAGCAGGUGCCAGCCUCCGCUCACAGCGGGGACGUGGAGAAGAUGCUCCUGGAUGCACAGCACGAGUCUGGCAGGAGCAGCUCCCGGGGAAGCCUGCCUUGCGACAGUCCUACAAGAUCCCAGACUCCUCUGCAUCUAUGCAGAGGCUCAGAGGUUCAAAGUGCAGGAGAGAAGAAUAGUUCUCAGUCUGAGGAAGAUUUUCUUGAGAGAAGACAAGAGGUCGAGAAUAUAAUGAAGAAAAAUGCUGACUGGAUCUGGGACUGGUCGAGUCGACCCGAAAACCUUCCACCCAAAGAGUUCCUGCUCAGGCACCCGAAACGUUCGAGCGCCCUCAGCAUGCGGAACACCAGGGUCAUGAAGAAAGGGGGGAUUUUCUCCUCCGAAUUUCUGAAGGUGUUCCUGCCUUCGCUGCUCAUAUCGCACUUACUGGCUGUAGGCCUCGGGAUCUACAUUGGAAGACGUCUAAGCGUCUCUGCCAAUACCUUCUGAGGAAGAUUAUGCCACCGCCGUCAGACGCCACCAUCGCUUGCAGCUUGCCGUGCCACACGCUUCCUAGAUGUAUAAAGGCAGGGUCAUGUGAUGCCUCCUCCGCGCUCCACCCCCUGCCCUCCCGCCCUCCGCAUUUCGGCAGAAGGAGGCAGACCUUCUGUACUCCUGUGAAUUCCGUUCAAUUUCUUCCUGUUCUCCGAGCCGCUUUAAAUACGCACCACCGCAAAUAGCAGACUCUUCCGUGCUUUCAUAUCUGCAAGAGACUACUUUGAAGCACUGUCAUUUGCUACUUCGUUUUAGCACAGAGAUGUUGAGCCUAGAUAUGAAUGGCGAGUUGAUGCAGUUGUGAUUUCACUGUUUUGAUUGCACAAGGGCAGGGAAAAAAGCUAAUUCACUACUAUGAAGUUGUGUCUCCUUCGUGGGAGGGGAAAAUGAGUUGCACGUUCUUAAACAGAGUAAUGCUGCGGGGAGGAGAGGAACAAUCCCAUUACUUGGGUUUGAUAUCUAGUUAUGUUGGGCAGUAAAAACAGAUGACCAAACUGCUCAUCAGAAACGGCACACCUGCUAUCAUUUCCAGUACUAAUUGCUACAGUUGUUGUUUCUACCCAAAAUGCAAGGGACUAAGCAUCAUUGUGUUUUUAGAGUUAGAUUUGCAGUAGGGAGCAUUACGUUGCGUGAACAAUAUUAUGAAACUAAUCCUCUUCUUGCUUUACAGCUGUUGUGAUACACUAUGAUCUUUUAAACUAAAGAGUUAUCCGUGUUCAGAUUUUAUUUGUAAAAUGUCAGGGUACUGAAUGAGGAUUGUGUGCAAUAUGUAAAAUAUAUUAAUGACACAUUCACAUGGCACUUUAUAGUAGUGCUGUCAUCACAUUGUCUGUAUAGCUCUGUAAAUAAGAACAUGUGUAACACUGGAAUUUAAGACCGGCAUAUUUUCAGAAUAGUUUAGGACUUAAGCCACUGGAAAAAGAUAGUAAGAAAUGGUUGUGCUUUAAAUACCUAAAUGUGUUCAGCUAAAUACUGCACGUGAAGUGCUGAACAUACCACAUGCUCAUGAAAAAAGUUUGAGGACUUAAUAUACAAGUAAUUCUGUAAUGUUUCAUGGAAUUGUCAGAGCAUGGGCAAUGUAACAAAUAAAUUAAUCAAAUAAAUGAAAUGUAUAAACUGAGUUUAUCAUUUGAGGUGACGAUUUUUAAUACAAGCAUACAGUGAACCCGUUGAAUCAGUGAACCAAUCUGAAGCACACCUGACUGCCAUUUAAAAAGAAAAUGCAGCUAAAAAUCCUUUUCCAUCUGUGGAUUACAAGAGCUAGUUUUGAUCAAUCACACUGGAUGAUUAAAUGCAAAUUUCUUAGGAAAUUCAUAUCUAGCCAUGCUGAAAAAUGAAUGCGCUUCACAAAUACUCAUGAGAACAUUUUUCAGGGCUGAAAGUAUACUCAAGCUGUCAUGAAACGCUGGCCUUAGGUCAUUUAAUUUCCGUGGAAACUUUGUGGCACGAAAGAUGAGGGUGCUUAUUCGGCUGAGAAUCCCAGCGACAACUGGCAGUCACUUCUGUUCAGACUGUUCGAAUACUGUGGACAUUACUGGAAAGAGACCUUACUCACGUGUGGGGUAGUAUGUUGUUCAUACAGCAGUUUUAAGGUUUUAGGUGUUGUGUAAUUUUUUAUUAUUUUUUCAUUGUUUUGUAUGGCCAGUGCAAAGUGUUGUAAAUACAUCAUGUAGAAGAACAAAUAAAAUGGUAGCCCCAAA